AUGGAGUCUCAUCAACAUUACCAAGCCGCUCGUCGACAGAAAAUCAUGCUCGUCAUGUUUGUUCUUAUGAUACCUCCUGUCUUCCUUGUUAGUUUCGGAACUUUGCAUUCUCUGUUCAAGCAGCAAGAAGAGAUGAACGAAUUGUCGUCCAUUUCGUCCAUUUCCGAAUCUUCGUGGGGUUCCUCUUCCACAGAUGAUGAUGAUGUUGAGAAUGAUGAUAAUAACAACAGCAAUAAGGAUGGAAGCAAUAGUUCCAACUCGAAUUCCAAUUCCAACGAUUUGGAUAUUACCAGCAGCAGUGACCGAAAUAACACAAUCCCCACCACCACCACCACCACCAAUACAUCACUAAGACAAAAUUUGUUGAAAGACUCGAGACAAUGA